CUUCCUCCUGUCCUUAUUGACGUCUUCCUCUUGCAUCUCUUUUGUUCCGCUCUGCCGCUGUUCGGCGUUUCUUAACAUCUUCUUAACUAACAGACAGCUCGAUUCAGGAUGUUUAACCCUCCGAUUCGCCGCUGAAACACCAUUCCGUUACUAUUUCCGCCGCUGCGGCGCAGCCCGCGCCCGGCGCUCCGUGAGGCGGCGGCCCCGCCCUCAGCCGCUCCCGUCGGGCCCCGGGCGCCAUGGCCGAGGCGGCGGCGGCGGGAAGUUCGGACGGGCCGUCCUUCGAGGAGCAGCUCUUUCAGGUUACUUUGUGGCUAAGGAAACUAUAUCAGGAUAUGCCUAUUCCAUGGUAUGAGGUGAAUGAAAAGACAGUGGAUUUUUUGUAUGAAGUUAAGGAGGGCAAUGAAGAUAGAGACAAGGAUGUUAUGUUGCUGAUAGAGGACAUGAAGGACCGGGCAGCCAAGUAUGAAGCAGAAGCUGACUACUGGCAGGAUAUUCUUAGAGAAAGCCUGGAUUUUUCUGAAUAUAGUCUGUCCAAAGAAGCCCUCGCAGACCUCAAUGACCUGGUAGAAAGUGCAUUGGAACUCGAAGUGGAGGACACGUCUCUUGCCAGCUUCUAUGGCGCCAUUACUUCCAUGACCUCAGAGCUGCAUAAAACAAAAUCAAAAAACAAUGAACUGGAUCUGCAGUUGAAGACCCUCAAGAAAAAACUAACUUUAGCACUGAUGAUGGAAAAGAAGUUAAAGGAGGAUGUUGAAAAAUUACAGGAAUCUCAGGAAGCAGAAAGGGCCAAAAUGGAGAUUCGAUCCGAGAACUUGAAGUUCCUGCAAGUUAAAACUCAGGACCUAAAAAUAAAGAUUAGGGAAGCUGAGAAUAAGCUUCUUGACGUGGGGUUGGACCAAUCCCUGACACAUGAAGCACUCAUGGAAGCAUCUGAGGAACUGGCUGCACUGCAUAAAGAAAUGGAGCCGUUGAAAAAGGAACUGAAGUCCUACAAUGAUUUACCUCUUAGCAUGCUCCUGGCACGAGUGAUAGUUGAAGAAGCAAGAAAUGAACUUAAAGCCGUGGAUGAAGAGCUCACAAGGGAGCUGGAGGCUGUGCCUUUUGAGCUGACAUAGCCCAGCAAACCCCAGUUCACCUGAAGGGGCCUGCGUGGAACAGGAUUUUCCUUCUGUUGCCUGCUUGCCCUAGCAAUGCAUUUGCAGAAUUCUUACUGUACCUUGUCAGCUUCCUGUUGUGUUCUUCUUUCUGUUGGCCUUCUGUUUGUAAACUUUACCUGUUUUUCAUUAAAUAACCUCCAGACUUGC